AUGAAUUCCGAGGGCAUUUAUGCCCGCCCGGGCAAGGGUGAUGGCAACGGAAGCGAUCCUGAAAAGGCAAGCUUGAGGCACACCCAGUAUGAGGACGUCGAGAUUCGUGGUUUGGAGACGUCUCCCGAGACCAUGCUUCACAAGGGCCUCAAGGCUCGUCACAUCACCAUGAUUGCCAUUGGUGGUGCUCUUGGAACUGGCCUGAUUGUCGGAACCGGCAAGGCUCUUGCCCAGGCCGGACCCGGUUCUCUCUUCAUUUCGUACACCUUUGUCGGCAUGUUGGUCUUCAUGGUUAUGGCUGGUCUUGGUGAAAUGGCUGCUUGGUUGCCCCUGAGUUCGGGUUUCACCGGUUAUGCCACCCGAUACUGCCACCCGUCUCUUGGAUUCGCUCUAGGAUGGUGCUACUGGAUGAAGUACAUUAUCGUGACCCCAAAUCAGCUCACGGCCGCGUCCCUCGUCAUUUCCUUCUGGGUACCCCGCGACAAAGUCAACCCUGGAGUCUUCGUCGCAAUUUUCCUCGUUGCCAUCCUUUGCAUCAAUUACUUUGGAGGAAUCAAGUUCUUCGGCGAGUUUGAAUUCUGGCUGUCCUCGUUCAAGGUCAUUGUGGUGAUUGGAAUCAUUCUGUUCGCCCUCAUUAUUGCUUGCGGCGGCGGACCGAACCACGAUGCCACCGGCUUCCGAUAUUGGAAUGACCCCGGCGCUUUUGCACAGCUAUACAAAUCGGGUCCUCACGGCGCUCUGGGCAAAUUUUUGGGAUUUUGGUCCGUCAUGGUCAACGCUACCUUUGCCUACCUUGGAACUGAGCUGGUCGGCGUAACCGCUGCCGAGGCCCAGAACCCACGUCGAUCCAUUCCCAAGGCCAUCAAGCUCACAUUCUACCGCAUCUUGUUCUUCUACUGCCUCAGCGUUCUACUUGUGGGCAUGAUUGUUCCUUACAACCACGAGAAGCUCGCCUUUGCCAACAAGCAGACGACUGGCGCCAGCGCUAGUCCUUUUGUUGUCGCCGCCACUAUUGCUGGUGUCUCUGGCUUGCCUCAUAUCAUCAAUGCUUGCAUUUGCGUCUUCGUCUUCUCUGCCGCCAACUCGGAUCUUUAUAUUGCAAGCCGUACCCUGUACGGACUGGCGAGUGACCGUUCUGCUCCCGCCAUAUUCCGUCGCACUGACAGCCGGGGUGUUCCUGUACCUGCCCUUGCCGUCGGUACAGCUUUUGCUUGCCUGGCCUUCAUGGUUGUUUCCGAUGAUUCCAAAAAGGUUUUUGGAUACUUUGUGAACCUGACCACCAUCUUUGGUCUUUUAUCUUGGAUUUCUCUCCUGGUCACUUAUAUCUACUUCCUGAAGGCUCGUCGCGCACAGAACAUUCCCGACAAUGCUAUGCCGUAUGUCGCCCCUCAGGGCCUUGUUGGGACCUACGUUGCUCUUUUCUUCUGUAUUCUCAUCCUACUCACGAAGAACUUUGAUGUUUUUAUUCAUCAUGACGGCGUAUCCUUUGACUACCAAAACUUUAUCACUGGCUAUCUAGGCAUUCCUCUCUACCUGAUUCUUCUAUUUGGGCACAUGAUUGUUACCAAGAGCCGUGCAGUAGCACCACAUGAGGCCGACUUUUACGCCGGAAAGGACAUUGUUGACCAGGAGGAGAACGACUUCCUGGAUCUUCAGAAGGAGAAGAUUGCCGCCAGUACAGGAUGGUCCAAGUUCUACAACCGCUAUGUAUCAUGGCUGUUUUAG